AGCUCCUCGGUACCGGUCAUCAUCAACUUCGCUUCCAUUUGCAAUAUUUCCGAGCGCCCAAGGAUUUUUGCCAUCUUAUGUGCAUAUACGGUACCACGUAGAUAGGCAACGACAUCGUCCACCGACAGCAGAGCGGACAUUCAGCACUCGGCCAGCCAGACAAGAAGCGGCGGGAACAUGAGAAGCCUGGGUAAUUGCUCCGAUGUCUUGGGCUUUACAUGCAUAUCUACACCAAAGCUACAAACAAGGUCAGCUCAUAACAUCAGCCAUGAGUACUCCCAUCCUUCGGACACCAUGGCUGGACUGAGUCCAAGUUUGUUGUACUCAGCUCUCGUCCCCGGAACCCCAGGGUCUAGAAACUCCGUAACCCCUUUCCACAACUUGGCUACGAUGCAGCCUCGAGGCAUGGCCCGCUCACUGCAGGGUCGGGUCACCUGUACAACUCGCAAGGAUUCCGAGGAAGGGUGUGGUCUUGAACUCUUGAUGGAAGGAUUGUGUGACAGUGUGAGUUAUAUCGAGGUACUUCGACUGGUGGUGUAUUUAUGUACAUACCUAUUGACAAUGCAUGGUUGGUCGAGUCUCUCAGGACUGCCUUCGUCUGACACCGGAUAUUCCGAUUCAACGGAUGAUGAGCGAAAGACGGUCUUUUGAGUCCGUCAUGGGCAUUUCGAGUGCCAGUCGUUACUAAUGGAACACUCCCGUCUAAGGUCGCUGAGUUUGUAGGUAAAGUACCUAGGUAUGUGUGCGGAUUCGACAUCCAA